UGGGCCUUCCAUGCGCUGCUGGUGCUGCCCUAUAUGUUUUACGUGGGCUUGUUCUUUGUCAACGUGCUGAUCCUGUACUAUGCCUUCCUGAUGGAGUACAUCGUUCUCAAUGUAGGCAUCGUCUUCCUGCCCGAGGAUAUGGACCAGGCUCUGGUGGAUCUGGGGGUACUUUCCGACCCUGGCUCCGUACUCUACGAGACGGACAGCGAGCUGGAUGUCUUCGAUGGGUACUUGGAGUGA